GGCUGUCCGGUGUAAAGUGUAUGACAGCUGUAAACAGGUUCCACACAUUUUUCGAGCAGAUUACAGGGUUGGAUCUUGGAAUAAUUAGAUUUUCGUAACGUCACAUAUAAGAACGAAAGGGGGCAGCUGUAAAAAUGUUCUGGAGUAAAGCCUACUGCCACUUCGCUGCUGCGUUCAUCCUGAGCCUUUGGUUCUAUGUGGAAGCAGUGCCCAUUUCUGUGGACAAGACUGAAGUGGAAAUCCCUGAAGAGAAACUGGAGGCACCGCAGAGUGUGGACACAGGGCUGCACUAUGACCGUUACCUCCGGGAGGUCAUUGAUUUUCUGGAGAAGGACCAGCAUUUCAGAGAGAAGCUCCACAACACAGACAUGGAGGACAUUAAGCAAGGCAAGCUGGCCAAAGAGCUGGACUUUGUCGGCCAUAACGUGAGGACCAAACUGGAUGAGCUGAAGAGGCAGGAAGUGAACAGGUUACGGAUGCUCAUCAAAGCCAAACAAGAUGUUGAGGGAGGGAAUGAUAUUAACCACCAGGCACUGCUCAAGCAGUUUGAGUACAUGAACCACAUGAAUCCACACACCUUUGAAGUAGAGGACCUGGAUAAGCUUAUUAAAUCGGCGACCAGUGACCUGGAGAACUAUGACAAAGAGCGUCACGAGGAGUUCAAAAGGUAUGAGAUGAUGAAGGAGCACGAGAGGAAGGAGCACCUGAAAAACCUAGAUGAGGAGCACCGCAAAGAGGAGCAGCAGCACUACGAGGAGUUGAAAAAGAAACAUGCUGACCAUCCCAAAAUUAACCACCCUGGUAGUCAAGACCAACUGAAAGAAGUCUGGAAAGAGGCUGACGGUUUGGACCCAAAUGAAUUUGACCCCAAGACGUUUUUCAAACUCCAUGAUACCAACGGUGACAACUACCUUGAUGAGCAGGAACUUGAAGCCCUGUUUACUAAAGAGCUGGAGAAAAUGUACAGCCCCAAUCGAGAAGAAGACGACAUGACAGAAAUGGAGGAGGAGAGACUGCGCAUGAGGGAACACGUUAUGAACGAGGUGGACACCAACAGAGACAGACUGGUCUCCCUGGAAGAGUUCCUGGUCUCAACAAACAAGAAAGAGUUUGUAGAGCCAGAAAGCUGGGAGACUCUGGAGCAGGCCCCAUCGUACACAGACGAGGACAUGAAGAUGUUUGAGGAGCAGCUGGCCCAGGAGGAGAGCAGCAUCAACCAGAAGAACGCUGAACUCCAUCAACAGAAAGAGGAGCUGGAGAGGCAGCAGGAGCUACUUGACUCCCAGAAGGCCAAGCUGCAGCAGGCUGUGGAACACAUGCAGAUGAUAAAAUCUGAAAAAACAAAUGAUGCUGUUGCGUAUGGAGAUGGAGCAGCUGCCGUAGCAAUGCCAGUACUACCAGGAGACAGCCAACCUCUGCCCCCUGGUCAUCAGCAAGACUUACCUACACACUCUUAGCAGGCCCGCUGCUUUUCCUGCUUGUGUGCGUGUCUGCAUGUGUGUGCUUGUGUGUGUGUAUUUGUACUUGGGUGUCUGUGUGUGCAUAUGUUGGUGUAUAUGAAUCUGUGUGCUGUCUGAGCUCUGCGGGUCACACAUGCAGUCCAACAUUUUCGAGAGACCAGCUAAACUAACCACCCUUCAAGUUGUGUCAUACAGUAGCUGGCGAGAGCAGCCAGUGUGACUGUCAAGACUACAGAUACUUGCUCAACCAGGCAUUCUGUGGACAGUCCUAACUUUAUUUUCCCUCUUGACUAAGCCAUGGCAUAGUUGAGUUAGAAAAGUGAUUUGGGAGGGGUCUGUCAUGUUUUAUUUUCUACUGAGUUCGGUAGGUUACCCAUUGGCAUUGUUUUUGUGGGGAACAGUUUGAUUUAAAUACAAAAUAAAUGCGGUUGUAGUUUACAGAGGUGAGUACACUGUACACUGUUUAUGCUGCUCGAUGGUAUGCUGUCAUGAUAAAUUAUGUAAAACUCACUGCGAUGAUAAAAUCCAGCUGGUUUUGUCUGAUUCAUUCCUGAUCCGAAUAAUAAACAGGAUGAACUCCUGGGUUUUGUUCAA